GACGAAGCGUACGCCGUCAAGCAGACGCAGUUCCUGGGGAAGCCCGUGAGCUACGUGUGCCAGAACGUGAAUGGGCCGUGCCCGCUGCUGGCCAUCGCCAACGUGCUGCUGCUGCGCGGGCAGUUGACGCUCGAGGGCCUCGUGGAGGCGCCAGGCUUCGUGAGCGCGCGCGACCUCAUGCGGCUCGUGCACCGCCGACUGCUGGACACGAACCCGCUGCUGAGUAAUGCUAGCGAGUUGCAGCGCCUGACGCAGGAGAAGACGCUCAAGGACGUGGCCGAGCUGCUGCCCAGCAUGUUCGUGGGGCUGGACGUCAACGUGCGCUUCCACAACAUUACGGACUUUGAGUACACGGUGGCGUGUGCAGCCUUCGACAUGUUGGACAUUGCACUGGUGCACGGGUGGCUGCUGGAUGACCAGGACGACGCCACGAUGAAGGUGGUGGGGAACAAGUCGUACAAUGAGCUCAUCGAGCGCUUGGUGGACUACCGCGGUGUGCUCAUGACGGAAGAAGCCAAUGAAAAGGCGGCGACGGAGACGGAGACGGAGACGGAGAAGCAGGGAGACACGGAGAACUCGUCGGACAGCUCCCCGAUGGAGGAGGAGGUGAAGCCUGCAGCUGCAGCGCUUCCGUCCCCCCUGGUGGCUCAGAUGGCUGGGUUCCAGAACCUUUCGAUUGAUAUCAACAGCGCUCUCGCCUCCGCUUCGGGUGCGGCGGGGUCGCCCAACUCGAUGACGUCCAUGACGUCUCCAAAGAAAAGUCCGUCGCAGCAAACGGUUCGGACCAUGAUGAAGGAGCGCCACAUCAGCGACGCUGACGCACUAGAUACGGCAACCACGCUGCUGGAAGAGGGUCCGAUACUUGAGGAGUUCUUCAACUCGACAGCGAGUCAGCUCACGUACUACGGUCUUGUGAAGCUGCAUGAAGGACUCCGUGAGCGUCAGCUGUGCGUUUUCUUUCGCAACAACCACUUCUCCACGCUCUUCAAGGUAAAGGCUGCUGUUGUAGACGUUGCAGUGCCGAGGCGCAUUUGAUCUAACGCUUUUGCUGGACGUGCCAUUAUCAGUUUGAAGGCGCGCUGUAUCUGCUCGUCACAGACGCAGGCUACCUCGACGAGCCCAGCGUCGUGUGGGAGCUGCUGAACGAAAUCGACGGCGACACCGAGUAUCUGGAUGCCCAGUUCCGACCUGUGACGUCUUCCGAGCAACAAGAAAACAUUCUUACACAACAGAGGCAACAGCGGGAGCAAGAACAAGAAGAAGAACAGCAGCUACGUAACGCUCGGGCUCUCAGCGUCACGGGGUGCGUGCCUCCUAAUGGUGCGAGCGAGCGAAUGGCAGGUGGUGAUUUUCGAGCUGCUGAGCACACCAUGCCAAGCGAUGGACUCUUCGGAGAUUCCGCCGAAGUCAACGAGGAGAACCUGGAUCCGGACUACUUAUUGGCACUGAAGUUCCAGCGAGAAGAGGAAGAAC